UUUGGAAGGACAGAAAUUUUAGUAAUGGCGUCCAUCGCGACUGAAAAUUGCAUGUGAUUGUGUGGAUUAUGCCGCAUAAAUCCAACUGUUGUGUUCCUGGAUGCCUAAACAGCUUCAGAAAUGCUCCAGAAUUACAUUAUUACAGGAUUCCGAAGGAUGAAGAGCAAAGAAAAGYUUACGAGCGUAUUUUGAGAAACGAAACACUAAAGAUCGAAUCUCAAGCUACUAGGGUUUGCUCUGCACAUUUCGAAGGAGGGGAAAAGUUGAGUCGCAAUCAUUUCCCAACCAUCUUUCCGUGGACGAAACAAACACAUAAAAGAAGAGAGAUAUCCCGACAUCCUGUUGUAGACAAAUCACAGAAAAAGAAAAAACAACGAGUUGAGUCAGAGACAAACGAACAAACCAUCGAAAACCCAGAUUUUCAUCAUGGCGUCGAAGUAAACAACCAAGAUAUUCAACAAGCAACUGAAACUUUGCUUUCUGGUCAAGACAUUGAUAGACUACUUGAAAUUGAAAAGCAAUAUCUAGCUAUCAAGGAAGAAAACGAAAAACUAAGGUCGGAAAACAAAGACAUUGAUAGACUACUUGAGAUAGAAAAACAAUUUUCAGCUGUAAAGGAAGAAAACAAAGAUUUAAAGAAACAACUUGCUGAACUAAAGCUGGAAUUGUAAAGCAACAGCAUAUUUGAGAUAAACAAAUACAAGGACAGCGACGAGGACAUAACAUUCUAUACUGGUUUUCCAGAUUAUGAUGCUAUGAUUUUAGUCUAUAACCUUAUUUAGUACUCUGCAAAAAAUCUUAGUUAUGAACAUGAAAAGGUUUACGUCGACACAAGCAACACUAAACAGCUGGGAAGACCUCGUUCUCUCAAUACCUUUCAGGAGUUUACCCUGGUUUUGAUGCGUUUAAGACUUGGGUUGUUUGAGAAGGACCUUGCUCAUCGAUUUGGCAUAUCUUUGGCAACAGUUUGCAGAAUCCUUAGAACUUGGCUGCGAUUUCUGAGAUGUGAAUUUGAGCCACUGAUUAAUAUCCCACCACCUGAGGUUACAAAACAUUACAUGCCUGAAGUGUUCCAAAUCUUCUACCCAAACCUCACAACCAUAGUUGAUUGCACUGAAGUUGAAAUGGRGAAGCCAUCAGCAUUAGAUAAUCAAUCAAUGUGUUUUUCUCACUACAAGUCAAGAAACACCAUGAAAUCACUAAUAGGUAUUAGUCCCAGUGGUGUWAUCAAUUUUGUCAGCGAAUUCUUCCCUGGGAGUGCCUCCGAUAAAGAAAUUGUGGUACAGAGCAACUUUUUAGCUAAGUUAAAGCCAGGAGAUCAAGUCUUGGCUGACAAGGGCUUUGACUGUAAGGAAGAACUGCUCUCAGUAGGUGCAGAAAUUAUCCUCCCUCAUUUCAAGCUUAAGAACAUGAAACAGUUUUCGAAAGAACAGACAGASCACAACAAAAAAGUGGCUAGUUUAAGGAUCCAUGUAGAAAGAACAAUGGMAAGGAUAAAAAACUGGCAUAUUUUUGACYGUAGAAUUCCAGUUGUUUCUGCACAGCUUGCAUCUGAUAUGUUGAUUAUAGUAUGUGCAUUGAGUAAUUUUCAUCCUCCUUUGAUUAACUAAAUCUUUAGAGUGAUAGUUUUUGUAAUGUACAAAACAAAACAGGUUACUACUAAAUAACUAGCAAAAUAAACUUGAUUCAUUGAUUGAAAUAUAUAAGAAGUAAAAUAGAUAUUCAAUUAUUAUCUUUGAAUAGAGUGAAGUUACAAAACCCAUGAAAUGCAUAUUAGGCUUAAAGCCACUUAUUCCAUUGUUUGCUUUUGUGUCUAUUUCAGAUUUUGUUUCAUGAAUUUUGUGUCUCCACUCUAAAUGUAUGGAUUGUAUAAUGACAACUAUAAACAAUAAAAAGAUAUGUAUUGUUAA